GGCAACAUCGGCACGUUCUUUUUCUCCCCAAGUUUGUUGGAGACACGUGCGUCUAAAACGCCGAAAUUUAGGAAAUAAUCCAAAAUGACUGAGGGAACAGCGACGAUUCGCACUCGCAAAUUCAUGACCAACAGGUUGUUGGCUCGCAAGCAGAUGGUCUGCGAUGUUCUGCAUCCAGGCAAGCCUACGGUCAGCAAGACCGAGAUCAGGGAGAAGCUAGCGAAGAUGUACAAGGUGACACCUGACGUAGUCUUCGUUUUCGGAUUCAAAACCAACUUCGGUGGUGGCAAAUCGACUGGCUUCGCGCUCAUCUACGACACCUUGGACCUGGCUAAGAAGUUCGAGCCCAAACACAGGCUACAGCGUCACGGCCUAUACGAGAAGAAGAGGCCUACACGCAAACAGCGUAAGGAACGCAAGAACAGGAUGAAGAAGGUGCGUGGUACCAAGAAAUCCAAAGUUGGUGCGGCCUCUAAGAAGUGAGAUGUGACCGUUUAGUACUGUAAGUAAAUAAAAACCCAAAAAAACAUUAA